AUGGGACUAGAUUACAAAAUUAAUUUUCGACCCGGUAAAGGAGAUAAAAUCGAUGAAUUGCAUGAAAGAGUGGCUCAAAGGAUUUUAAGAGUUUGUAAGUCUAAUGGUGGAUUAUAUAUUAAGCUAGGACAAGCCAUACAAGUACAAUCUGCUAUUUUACCACCAGCUUAUCAAAGAACCUUUAAAACGAUGUAUGAUGACGCACCAGCUGUUGAUUUUGAUCAGGUGAUAAAGAUAUUUCAUAAUGAUUUUAACUGUCAUCCAGACGACAUGUUUGAUGAUUUUGAACGUACUGCAAUAGCUUCAGCUAGUGUUGCUCAAGUGCAUCGUGCAAAACUUAAAGAUGGAACCCCUGUUGCUGUUAAAGUUCAAAAACCAGAUAUCGGGAAACAGAUGAAUUGGGAUUUGAUGGCUUAUAAAAUGCUAAUGCAUGUAUACGAAUAUAUUUUUGACCUUCCUCUUACAUGGACCGCCGAAACGCAAGACAAACAUUUAAGGGCUGAAGUGGAUUUUAUAAACGAGGGUAAAAAUUCCGAGAAGGCAAAGAAACAUUUUGUGAGCAUUAGAUCUUUAAGGGAUAAGGUUUACGUUCCUAAUGUAUUUUGGGAUUAUACAAGCUCCCGAGUUUUAACCUGUGAAUGGAUUGAUGGUGUUAAAGUCACCGAUAAAGAAGGAUUAGAAAGGCAAAUUUUCCUUACUGGUUUUGUACAUGCUGAUCCGCAUCCAGGUAAUGUAUUUGUUAGACCUCAUCCUAAUAGAUCAAAGAAUUAUCAGAUUGUCUUGAUUGAUCAUGGAUUAUACGUGGAAGAAUCUGUUGUCUUCCGUCAUCAAUAUUGUUUAUUCUGGAAAUCGCUAUUUAUGAUGGAUACUGAUAUGAUUAACCAAAUAUGCCAGGAAUGGGGUAUAAACGAACCAGAAAUGUUUGCGAGUGCAACGUUAAUGAAACCGUAUAAGCAAAAGACGGCACUUCACAUCUCUUCCAAUCAACGUAUGACUAUGCAAGAUGCAUAUAAGCUGCAAAUGGUAUUAAAGGAGAGAAUAAAAAAAUUUUUAUCAGACACAGAGUUAAUUCCAAGAGAAUUAAUUUUCGUAGGAAGAAAUAUGAAUAUAGUGAGAUCACUUAAUAGAGAAUUGGGCAGCCCAGUAAAUCGUAUAAAUGUCAUGGGAACCUGGGCGGUAAAAGGGUUAGGUUCGGAUUGGUCAAAUUGGGGUGGUAAUGCAAAAACUUUUGACGAGAAACAUCGGCAAUUAAUAGAUAAAGGAAAUAGUUUCUCCGGAUUUUUCGGGCAACUUUCUUUUAUAUUACAAAGCAGGUUUAAUUAUUGGUUAUUUAGAGGUACCUUAUUAAUGAUAAGUAUAGGAUUCUAUAUUACUAAAUUAAAGGAGUCUAUUGGAAGUUUGAUAUAUGGUAGGGGCAAUUCAAGAGGGUUUGAAGAUAUCUUGGAUGAUAGAUUGAAACAAACUAUUGAAGAAAAUCUUGGUAUUGUGCUUGAUCAAAAUGUUUUUGAAGGAUAA